AUGUCUAUAUUUCAGGAGAAGAUGAGCUUUAAACGAGGUCCAAAGCCAGCCCGUCCUCCACCUCCUGGAACUCUAUCUCUGGGGGAGCUGAGAUUCAAGAAGCUGGAGCAGGAGGAAGAGGAAGACCUGACCAUCUUCACUGACAAGUAUGCCAGCGUCCUACAACAAAGUCGCAAUUCCAGUAGUCCCGCAGGCCUGUCUUCUGUUUCCAAGGUGGCUUCAGAGAGUUCAACUGUAAAGCCAGCUGAUUUAUCCUCAGCACUAGGGUCUGAUGUUGUUCCCCUGGAAGUGGAUCAUUCCUCUCCAUCAAAAAAAGUUACAGGCAAAUCUGUUUUCGAAUACAAAGAGCUUUUGUCAGGUGCCAUAAAAAACUAUAAAGACAGGAUUACUGAGAAAAUCAGCAAGAAAAUAGAGGACCUUUCUGGGGAGUCCAGUGCUAGCACUAGUCCAGAUAAAGAGCAGCCUGUUGCAGGACCUUUGGACAUCUUACAAGACCGGUCACUAGAGAGCUUGCAGCAGACACAGAUAGUCAAGAAACCUCUCCUGUACAAACAUGGGAAUGUGAACAGGCAGUGGCGUUUAAACUGGGGAGCGCACAAAAGUUGCCAGAUAUGGAAGAAAAGAUGCAAGGGUCACCUGAGAAAAAAACAGCUGGAUCCACAACGGUUCAAAGUGAAUAAAUUACCACUGGAAGGGGAAGAUGAAGAAGAGGGGGAGGAGGAGGAAGAGAAUGUGAUCAAAGUUCAUGAAGAGUAUUAUUCUGAACUACCAGAAGACUUUGCAGGACAUCCUGGGAUUACUGCUAGUACAGCACUCAGGCCUCGUUCCAAACUUCAGGGUCUAAAAAAGAAAAAUGCCAAAAUGUCUGCUGCCACAAUGAGCAUGUCAAAAUUAAUGCGCACACCAGAAAUGGCGGGAGCAGCAAAAGGCAAGGAGACAACAUCAGAUCAAUCUGACUCUGCCAACAUCAAAUCAGAUGACAAGGACAAUGUCACGCCUGUUGACGAACUCAAGCAGCAGAAGUCAGCCGCAAACUAUCCCACGCAUGAUCAGAACUCUGUGCCCUGGCAGAAGUUGCUUACCUUCAUGGCAGGUGUGUUUGCUUACUUCAUCAUUCCACUACCUUCCUUUCUGUCAGGAAUGCUGACAGGCUGCUUGUUGACUUCAGUGGUGUGGGUCAUUUAUGGCUGGUUGAUACAAAAGCCCAAGCCUAGAGAGUCUGUUCAGCUGGUGCCUAUUAAGGAUUUGCCACCCAUUGACAUCCCAGAAAUGAAGGAACCAUUACAAGAGGAUGGAAUAUUUAAGGGCUGGAUGAAUGAAAUUGCAGAGUAUAACCCUGAUGAUUAUCACAUCAAUCAUACACACAGCAUAUAUGUCACCUUAGAAGGUGUGUGGCUAAGAUUGCAACGUCCCAAAACUCCUGUCCCCAAGCGAGCAAUGCACGAUGAAGUUAUUUCUGCCCCGCACUUCAUUCACCAACGACAUUUUGACUUGAAAGGUAGUCGCAUUUUUCUCUUGCCUCCAGGGCUUGUCAAAAAGAGAGUGUGGAGCAAAAAAUACCCCAUUUGCAUAGCACUAGCCAGGGAAGGAACUAAGUCCAAAAAUUUUUCUAAAGGAAGCACUUCAAAUAGUAGUACUAUUUCUGACCCAAAAGAGGAAAUGGGAUUUGAGAUUGUGACAGAGGAGAAGUGUGAUAGCGCCAUCUUGUACUUGUUUGCACGAACGGGAAGAGAAAAGGAGGAUUGGUAUAAGCGCUUCCAUGCUGCCACGCUAGGCAAACCAUUGCCAAACCCCAUCCUGGAUAUACGUCGUUCCCUUGAGCGUUUAUGUCACUCCAGAAACAGAACUAAGCAGCAGGAGUCCACUGAAUCUCAGGGAACUUCCACAGCUGAGCAGUCAUCUGAGACUGUUGAAAUGGAUGUUGCGGAUCCAUUGCUAGAUUUUACAUGCUACAUGGGUCGCUUGAUGCCAGGGGGGACAUUUGACAGUCUUUUCAAGGAUGGAGGAGAGCGUUCAUCCCGUGCACCUUUCACAGGAUCAAUUAUUUGUGACACACAGCUAUACUGGCUUAAUGCUUUGAUAGGACGUUGCUUCUACGAUUUCCUGCGAAAUGCUUGGUGGGCAGACAGGGUUAAGGAGAAACUGCAGCGGAAGCUGAGCAAGAUUCAUGUGCCAUACUUCAUUGAGGAGCUUCAGGUGACUGCUAUCAGCAUGGGAAAAGAGGUGCCAGUUAUCCGCCGAGCUGGAUACCCAUACCUGGAUGAGCGUGGAUUCUGGGUGGACCUGGAUGUGUCCUACACUGGCAGCUUUGAGAUGACCAUCGAAACUAAAAUGAAUCUAAUGAAGCUGAAACGCACAGACAUCAAACAGAUCCCCUCAUCUUCAUCAGUAUCAAGUGUAGACAGCAGGUCACCAGUGACGGAUUCUGAUGAGGAGGACAGUGCAGAGUCCUCAACAGAUGAAGAAGAGGAGGCUGUCACAAACCCAGAAGAAAGAGAAAGUGGACAGACCAGUAAGAAGCUGUUGAGGUACCUGAACAAGCUGACACAGUCCAGGUAUUUCCAACAGGCCACUGAAUACAAGUACAUCAAGCGGGCCAUGGAGAAUGUCUCCAACACGCCCCUGCAACUGGCAGUCAAGGUCAAGUCACUUGUUGGCAAGCUGGCCAUUAACAUCCCUCCUCCACCCUCUGAUAGACUGUGGUAUGGGUUCAGGGGACCACCACGCCUGGUGCUGUAUGCUAGGCCGCAGGUGGGCGAACGAGUAGUCACCCUUACUCACAUCACAGAGUGGAUAGAACGCAAGCUGGAGAUUGAGUUUCAGAGGGUAUUUGUGAUGCCCAACAUGGACGACCUCAUCAUCCCAAUCUUGAGAGGCACAGAUGUCCUCUGAUGGGCAGGUGCUACAUUUCGUGGAAGCUUAAGAGCUGUGUUUUGUGAUCAAGGAGAGAGAACAUUAUCAUUGUGUCAUUUGUUCAGGUUGAGAAUAACAUUGAGAAGUAAGAUUGUGCAGGUUGUGCACUGCAGACUAGAAAUCCUUCCUCUGUGAGCAAGACUACUAUGACUUGUAACUGUACAGUGCUAAUAUGGAUUCAGCUAGAGAAUCGGUGCAGCAUAAUGUGGGCUUAGAGUAAGCUGUGCAGUCUAAAUUUGCACUUUAUGCACCCUUCACUUCCAAAGCUUUCCAUCAUGAGAAAAGACUUCAGGCAGACAGCAAGGAACUCAUGCUUGCUAAAAAAAAGUGUUUAAGGUAGAUUCAGAAUGCAAUCAAUCAGAUGUUAUUUUUUUCAGAUGUUAUUGUUUUUAUCUUUCUUCAUUUGUAGAAUUCUGUUGGAAAACUAGCAUCAUUUCUUAACAUUCAGGGUGUUUUAUUUAAUCAUGCAUGGUACAAUAGCAAAUGCAACAAAUGCAAAUGGAUAUUAGUAUUGCCAAGUGGCAAGUUAACAAAAUAUAGAUGCAGAAAAUCGAACUACUUCACAGAAAUGUAAAAUAUGAACAGGCAUAUCAGAACUGGUAAAUGUACCGAUUCCAUGUAGCAUACCAUCCUGGGUUUUAGCUUAAGAAAAGUUUUGUUGCCAAGAGUUGGUUUACCACCAAAGCAACACUAACAUGUGAUAUGGUCUUGUGUGCUGUUUGGUAAUUAUGUCAGGAAUUCAAUUUGUGCCAUACAACACCACUAUGAAUUGUUUUAUGUGUGUGUCUAUGUUGCCUUCCUCAAGAAUAUAUGAUUUCUUAUGUACCUAUGUUCUCUUGAAAAAUAGCAAAGCUUGGUGAUGUGUGGCGUGCUUGGGGAUGUUUAGCUAUCGUGUGCUCAAAUUUAUUGUCUGGAACUCCAAAGUGAUAUUUAUGUUAUUUACCUUUUUAUUUUCGUUGUGCUGAUUCCUUUAUAUAAUUUAUCAUACCAGUUAGCAAGUGAGUGAAAAAAGAGAGAAAAAGAAAUAUGGUGGUUCUGUCCUUUCAUCUCUGAAUCACUCUUUUUGAAAAUUUCAGUUUCUAAUUACCUCUUUCCUGCAGGUUUAUGUUUAUUUCAAGUACAGAAAUAUGGCCGAUAUUGAAGUAAAAGCAUUGAGUAAAGUACACUUGUAUCAUUUGUCUGUAAUGCAAUUGAUAUGCUUCAUGGUCCUCAAUAAUAAUGUAUUACAUCACUAAGAUAUCCCUUCAAUAUUGAUUUCUAAACACUUUCCAUAUAUUUUUAGAGGUGAAUGUUGAAUGUCAGUGUGUUUUAGCAUUAAAUAUUUUCGUUAUCCUUC